AUGACAAUGCCGGUGGUCAAAGUGGAGAAAGACUCUCCAGCAGACAACACCAUGUCUGCCUCCAACCCUCUACAGCAUUCAGAGGAGCAGCCCAGAGGUCGGAGAAGGAAGAGACCUCUCCAGCGAGGGAAACCCCCCUACAGCUACAUUGCACUCAUUUCCAUGGCCAUAGCCAACUCCCCGGACCGCAAGCUGACUUUGGGGGGAAUCUACAAGUUCAUCACAGAGCGCUUCCCUUUCUACAGAGACAAUUCAAAAAAGUGGCAGAACUCAAUCCGUCAUAACUUGACUCUCAAUGACUGCUUCAUCAAGAUCCCCAGAGAGCCGGGGAGGCCAGGAAAGGGCAACUACUGGGCCUUAGACCCGAACGCGGAGGACAUGUUUGAGAGCGGCAGCUUCCUGAGGCGCAGGAAGAGGUUUAAGCGCUGUGACUUGAGCACAUACACCUCAUACGUCCACGACACUCCAGUUUUCUCUUCUGUCCAGAUUGCCAGAUCGGCUGCAUACACCAACUCAGUCUACAACAACAUGACAGUCAAUCCGGCCUACGGGCAGCAGCUGACCUCUGCAUAUUACCCCUCUUCCUCUCCUUCUGGGUUUGGACCUGGUCAGACCCGCAUGUUCAGCAUCAAUAACCUCAUAGGACACCAGACUCCAUCCAGCAUGUUGGGAGGUCAAGGGCCAGAGGUGAUGCAGCAGCCUGGCCGGAGCUUCAGUCCCGAGGGUCUCCCAAACGGAUCCAGUCCCUGCAGUCUGGGGGCCCCAGCUUUCCAGAGCCAACCAUGUGGAGGGUCGGUAUCGUCGCGGUCCUCUACGCAUCCCGGGUUCACCUACUCCGGGCCAAACGGCCACCCACACCACCAUACACACCAGGGCUCGUAUGGACAGGGCCACACCCAGGGGUAUGCAGGGACGGGACGCCUCCACUCCUCAGCCCACGGGUCUGUGGAGAGCAUGGACCAUUACGGGAGGGUCUCCCCAGUGCAGUUGGGCUCUUUCUCCCAGUAUAACAGUGCUGCAGGUCCUAUCCCCAACUCUGGGGGUUAUCUGAGACACCCGACGUACCCGGGGAAUAUGGACAGGUUUGUGUCUGCUAUCUGA